GAACUAACAUGGAAAUGCCGUUGGGCCUUGCUGUAUAUUCGUGCAUGAAGUUGAUCACACCACCUAACAUUUGCACAUGCUUAUCUUCUUAUUGGUCAAAUCCAUUCCCACUGAAUUUACAACAGUGACUGACCAUGAACUAACAUGGAAAUGCCGUUGGGCCUUGCUGUAUAUUCGUGCAUGAAGUUGAUCAUGCCGCACCACCAAACUAUUGUCUCUCAACAAAAGCAUCAGCUCUGCAGCCUUCUCGACCCCUGAUUUUGCCUUUGGAAAUGGCCGAGUCACUGCUCUACAGCAUUGCCACUGGCAUAAUGGAAAGCAUCGGCUCCCAAAUUGCGAAACCUGGAGGCGCCUACGCUUCUCAAAUGAUCCAAUUGUUCUGCUGUGCUGAGGGCGAGCUCCAUAGUCUUAAGGAAACUGUCGAGACCAUCCGAGCUGUGCUUAUGGAUGCCGAGAAGAAGCAAUGGCACGACAACCAGGUCAAGCUCUGGCUCAGGAGGCUCAAGGAUGUGCUGUACGACGCACAGGACUUGUUCGACAACAUCUCGACCGAAGACCUGAGGCGACAAGCUAUGGCUGGCAACGAGAUAAUGAAAGAGGUAUGCCUUUUCUUCUCCGAAUCAAAUCAGCUUGCGCACGGCUUCAAUGUGGCUAAUCAGAUUCGGCAACUUAGGAAGAAACUGGAUGAAUUCGCAUAUAAUAAUAAUUUCAACUUUAAGCAGCUUCCGAGUGAGGAAAAAAUGGCCGCCGGAAGACGAAAGAAACCUGAAUUUCUCGCACCUGACACUAAAAUAAUUGGUAGGGAAGAGGACAAAGAAAAGAUCAAACAAAUUUUGUUUACUUCCUCCUCUAGCAACACUGUGUCCGUGGUUUCCAUCAUCGGUAAAGGAGGUCUUGGAAAAACCGCACUUGCACGACUAGUAUACAACGAUGGGGAGGUAAAAGGACAUUUCGGGCUUAAGAUGUGGGUUUGUGUAUCUGAUGUCUUUGAUGUGGAUCUGAUUUUCAAAGAAAUUCUUAAAUCUGCAAAAAGUGACUGUCGAGGACAUGCUGAUGAGAUGAAAGAGUUAUCAGAUGAUGUUGAGAAUAAGCCUCAAGACCAGUUGCGGAGUCUUCUUCGUGAGACUCUAUCUAGGAAGAAAUACUUGCUUGUUUUGGAUGACUUGUGGAAUGAAGUUCGGCAUAAAUGGUUGGAGCUUGGAGAAUGGCUAGAGGGUGGUUUACCGGGAAGCAAGAUACUUGUAACCACUCGCAGCUACAAAGUUGCAAAGGUCAUGGAUGAGAAAUCAGUUAUCCAUGUUCUACGUGGCCUAGCUGAAAAUGAGUCGUGGAACUUAUUCAGGAAAAUGGCUUUUGGAGAUGGGGUAGAAUCAUUAGACCCAGCACUGGAGGAGAUAGGUCGAGAUAUAGUUAAAAAAUGCACCGGGGUUCCCCUUGCCAUUAGAACUAUUGGAGGCCAUUUGUAUGGCGAAAAGAAAGAUGAAUGGCUCCGUUACAAAGUGCAUGAAUUUCCAGAAAUACCAGAAAUUGAUGAGGUUGAUGCUGGAAUUAUGCAAGUCCUCAAUUUCAGUUACGAUCGUCUCCCGUCAUGCUUGAAACAUUGUUUUGCAUAUUGCUCAUUGUUUCCGAAAGACUAUUUCUAUGAUAAAGAGGAGAUGAUACAACUUUGGGUGGCACAAGGCUUUAUUGAGUCCCAAAGCAGGGAGGAUGACCUUGAAGAGGUCGCUAACAAUUACUUCGAAGAACUAUUAGGUAGGUCAUUCCUCGAUGUGAUAGAGACAAACGACAUUGGUGAGGUCAUAAGAUUCAAGAUGCAUGAUCUCAUGCAUGAUCUUGCCCAAAAAGUUGGUGGAGGUGAAUGCAAGAUUAUUAAUUUUAGAGGAGGAGAUAACGAUGAAAGAAUUCGACAUGCGUUUAUUUCAGAAAUUUCCUCUGAAGAGAAAAUUGUGUCCCUGCUCAAAACAUCCAAAUUGCGGACGUUUCUCUGUAAAUCCUCUUCACUCAACUCUUCCAAAGUUUUGUCCGAGUGUGGACACUGUCGAGCGUUAGUUUUGGAUCAUACAAAUAUUCCUUUCCCUCCUUCCUCUUUUAAAAAGUCGAAGCACUUAAGAUUUCUUAAGAUUUCUACAAACCAAUCUAUGCAGAGUUUGCCGGAUUCAAUCAUGGAUUUGGUGAACUUGCAGAUCCUUGAACUUUAUAGUUGUGAGAACCUUAAAACAUUUCCAAGAGAUUUGAGGAAAUUGGUCAAUCUUAGAAACCUCUCAAUUGAGAGUUGUCAGUCACUAAGCCACCUACCACCCCUGAGUGAACUCCCCUCCCUAAAGACGUUGAGUCUCUUUGAUUUGCCUGCGUUGGAGUUCCUUCAACAAACAAGUGACCUGGAGCAAUCUAAUACUACAUGCCCCUUCUUCCCAUCUCUUGAGAGACUGUCCCUCUUCGAUUGCGGAAACCUGAAAGGAUGGUUUGGAAGAAGGCAACUAAUAGGAGCAGAUAAAAAGCAUCGGCCAGACAAUUCACGGUCAUCAUUCCAAAAGCUUUGGUCCGUGACAAUAAUCGGCUGUCCCCACUUGAAUGACGUGGCACCAUUCCCCCAAGUGCAAGCGUUGGACAUAGAUGGAACGAAAAUGUUGGCCAAUCCAAAUUGCCCAUCAGAAGCAGCAGUGGGAUCCACAUUCAUCCAUUUCUCUAAACUGAAGCAUCUAGAACUUGGUGGCAGUGAUCUGGAGCCCUCGAAGCUCGAGACUCUAUUCCAAUUGGCUAGUAAUCUCGAGUCCUUGCGCUUCACCGCUUGCAAACUAAGGAGUCUCUCUGGCAUGCAGCACCUUUCCUCGCUCCAGAAACUCACCAUUGGGGGAGUUGAAGGAUUUGAUUUAUUGUGCGAAGAAGACGAGCACGGCAUCCAAUGGCGAUUCCUUACGAAACUUCGUGUUCUUGAAAUCGUUGAUCUUGGUCCUUUGACGGCAUUACCCGAGGGGAUUCAACAUGUCAAGACUCUACAAUCUCUCGAGAUUUAUGACUGUCACAAUCUGGAGAGUUUGCCGGAAUGGAUUGGAAACUUCUCUUUGCUCGAAAAGCUUGUAUUAUCUGAAUGUCUGGAUUUAAAGCGUUUGCCAUUGGAGAUGCGCAACCUCACACGCUUGACGGAAUUGAGAAUCGAUUAUUGUCCUGCUCUGGAACAGUGGUGCCUAACAGAUGGCCGGGAAGAUUGGCCAGAGAUUGCGCACGUUCUGGUCACCGUUUGAGAGGACCGAUCGUGACUAUGAGCAUAGUAGAGUAUUUGCAGUGCGUACUUAUCAAAAGAAGAAAAGCGUCCCCCCAGUUCCCCACCGACGCCGUGUACAGGUCGAAAUUGCUCUUUGCACACCACCUUCCUCGUCCCUCUUUGCCAAGUCGCGGUCAAUUCCGCCGAGGUCGAUGAUCGGGGGGAGCUGAGAUUCUCGGAUCCGCCGCUUGAUUCGGAGCUGCCUUCGGAUGUCUCGUCCAGUCGGAUGAAGAGAAUUUUGGGGACUUCGGCGAUUUCGGCGUUGAGGAGGCCUUUGACGCCGGCUUUUGAGUCGUCGCUCACUCUGUCGUUGCUCAGCUCACUGGAGUCGGAGGCCAAAUCGAUGGUAGGCAUUGUUCCUCUCUCUCUCUCUCUCUCUCUCUCUUUCUCUCUACUGCAAUUCAAUUUUCAGUGUGAAUGUAUAUUUUGUUGGAGAUGAGUUUGGAUUAUGAAUUGAGUGUUAUGGAGACAUUACAAUGCAUGAUAUGAUGAGCAGCUUCUUUAUA